AUGAGGAUUACUUACUUACAGCUGAUCUUGGUAUUUACUGGCUUUUGGGAAAUGGCAAUGGGAGCUUUUCCGAGCAGCGUUCAAAUCGGGGGACUCUUCAUCAGAAAUACCGAUCAGGAAUACACAGCCUUUCGCCUGGCCAUCUUUCUGCACAACACUAGCCCUAAUGCAACGGAGGCCCCCUUCAACCUGGUGCCUCAUGUAGACAACAUCGAGACCGCCAACAGUUUCGCCGUCACCAAUGCCUUCUGCUCUCAGUACUCGCGGGGCGUCUUCGCCAUCUUCGGCCUGUACGACAAGCGCUCGGUGCACACGCUGACGUCCUUCUGCAGCGCGCUGCACAUCUCGCUGGUGACGCCCAGCUUCCCCACGGAGGGGGACAGCCAGUUCGUGCUGCAGCUGCGGCCCUCCAUACGCGGCGCGCUGCUCAGCCUGCUCGACCACUACGACUGGAACCGCUUCGUCUUCCUCUACGACACCGACCGGGGAUAUGCCAUCCUGCAGGCGAUUAUGGAGAAGGCUGGCCAGAACAGCUGGCAGGUGAGCGCCAUCUGUGUGGAAAACUUCAACGACGCCAGCUACCGGCGGCUCCUGGAGGACCUCGACCGGCGAGAGGAGAAGAAGUUUGUCAUUGACCUGGAGGCCGAGAGGCUCCAGAACAUUCUGGAACAGAUUGUCAGUGUGGGGAAGCAUGUGAAGAGCUACCACUACAUCAUUGCCAACCUGGGCUUCAAGGAUAUCUCCCUGGAGCGCUUCAUGCACGGCGGGGCCAACGUGACCGGCUUCCAGCUGGUGGACUUCAGCAAGCCCAUGGUCAUCAAGCUGAUGCAGCGCUGGAACAAGCUGGACCAGAGGGAGUACCCGGGGUCAGACAGCCCACCGAAGUACACCUCCUCGCUGACCUACGAUGGCGUGCUGGUGAUGGCCGAAGCGUUCCGGAACCUCCGCCGUCAGAAGAUUGACAUCUCCCGACGAGGGAACGCCGGCGACUGCCUGGCCAAUCCAGCGGCCCCCUGGAACCAGGGGAUUGACAUGGAGCGCACCCUCAAACAGGUGCGCAUCCAGGGCCUGACAGGCAAUAUUCAGUUCGACCACUAUGGCCGCAGAGUCAACUACACUAUGGACGUGUUUGAACUGAAGAGCAACGGACCACGCAAGAUUGGCUACUGGAAUGACAACGACAAGCUGGUGCUGGUGCAGAACGAGCAGUUGGGCAACGACAGCUCCAGCAUGGAGAAUCGCACCGUCAUCGUGACCACCAUCAUGGAGGGGCCGUAUGUGAUGCUGAAGAAGAACCAUGAGCUGUACGACGGCAACGACCGCUUCGAGGGCUACUGCGUGGACCUGGCCUAUGAGAUUGCCAAGCACAUUGGCUUCAAGUACAAGAUCUCCAUCGUCCCAGACGGCAAGUACGGAGCCAGGGACCCGGAGACGAAGAUCUGGAACGGAAUGGUUGGGGAGCUUGUGUAUGGGAGAGCCGAGAUUGCUGUGGCCCCUCUGACCAUCACACUCGUCCGUGAAGAGGUGAUCGACUUCUCCAAGCCCUUCAUGAGUCUGGGUAUCUCCAUCAUGAUCAAGAAGCCUCAGAAGUCCAAGCCGGGUGUCUUCUCCUUCCUGGACCCGCUGGCCUACGAGAUCUGGAUGUGCAUCGUGUUCGCCUACAUCGGCGUGAGUGUGGUGCUGUUCCUGGUCAGUCGUUUCAGCCCGUACGAGUGGCACACGGAAGAGCCGGAGGAAGGGACGGACGGCCAGCCCACCGACCAGCCGCCCAACGAGUUUGGAAUCUUCAACAGCCUCUGGUUCUCCCUGGGAGCCUUCAUGCAGCAGGGGUGUGACAUUUCGCCCAGGUCUCUGUCGGGCCGAAUCGUGGGAGGCGUGUGGUGGUUCUUCACGCUCAUCAUCAUCUCCUCCUACACGGCCAACCUGGCCGCCUUCCUGACUGUGGAGAGGAUGGUGUCCCCCAUCGAGAGCGCAGAGGACCUGGCCAAGCAGACGGAGAUCGCCUACGGCACGCUGGACUCCGGCUCCACCAAGGAGUUCUUCCGGAGGUCAAAGAUUGCCGUCUAUGAGAAGAUGUGGAGCUACAUGAAGUCGGCCGAGCCCACCGUGUUCACCAAGACGACGGCCGAGGGCGUGGCGCGCGUGCGCAAGUCCAAAGGGAAGUAUGCCUUCCUGCUGGAGUCCACCAUGAACGAAUACACGGAGCAGCGGAAGCCGUGCGACACCAUGAAAGUCGGGGGCAACCUGGAUUCCAAGGGCUACGGGGUGGCCACCCCCAAAGGCUCACAGUUAAGAAAUGCUGUUAACCUCGCAGUGUUAAAACUGAACGAACAAGGGCUGUUGGACAAAUUGAAAAAUAAAUGGUGGUACGACAAGGGCGAGUGUGGCAGCGGUGGCGGUGACUCCAAGGACAAGAGCUCCCAGGCCCUCAGCCUCAGCAACGUGGCUGGGGUCUUCUACAUCCUGGUCGGGGGCCUGGGCCUGGCCAUGUUGGUGGCGCUGGUUGAGUUCUGUUACAAGUCGCGGGCCGAAGCCAAGAGAAUGAAGCUCACCUUCACGGAAGCCAUGAGAAACAAGGCCCGUUUGUCCAUCACGGGCAGUGUCGGGGAGAACGGCCGGGUCCUGACCCCCGACUGCCCCAAGGCAGUACACUCUGGCCCAUCUCUUCGUCACAGCUCGGGAUUGGCCGUGGUGUCAUCGGACCUACCGUGA